CUAACAUUCUCACACUUCGUUCAGGACUCAGUACUGCUGACCUGCUAAACUCACUGUCCAGAACCCGUCACCCGACACGAUAGCAUAUUUUUUGAAUUUUCAAUAUUUGACCAGAACGCAGGAAAGGUCUUACCGUCCACUUCUGGUCCAAAUUGGCACUUAAUAUAGUCGUUCGUCGGAUCCGCCAACUGAGCAUUGAAGCAAGUUCUUCUGCAAAGAUCUAUCAACGAGAUGGAGUGCAUUGAUUCGAGAGAAAAAAUUGACGAGCUCUACAAAAAACUAACCCAGCAAGAGGAAGAAAAUGAUAAGUAUCUGGAGAGCAUCAUGGCGAGGCAGGUUAACCUGGAAGCGAAACUGAAUAAUAUCACAAAAGCUUUGCCUAACCUGCAAAUCUUGCACAAUGAUGCGGUAAAACUGGCUGACAUGAUCUCUCACACCUCUACCUUGGCUGAGAGCGUCAGCGCUAAAGUCCGACAACUUGAUAUAUCUAGGAGCCGAGUUUCUGAGUGUCAACAGAGGGUGCAGGAUCUUCAGGACUUGAAACUGUGCAAGGAGGGUGUAAAAACAGCCUUGGAAAAUGAAGAGUAUGAAAAGGCUGCUGGGCACAUUCAUAGGUUCUUGGCUAUGGACCAAGCUGCCCUUAAGAAAACCGCGUCUCAUAUGUCUCAAGGUAGAAGUGUAGAGGACUGUUUCACACAACUUGAUUCCGCAACCAAAGAGCUGAGGCUGAUUGUAGCUAAGAAUUUUGAGCAGGCAGCUGCAAAGGAUAACGCUGCUGAUGUAGAGAGAUUCUUCAAAAUUUUUCCUUUACUUGGUGACAAAGCUGAAGGCCUCAAAAGGUUUUCCACUUACUUGGCUGGUAAACUGACUGUUAUGGCGCAGAAAACACUAAAAACCUGUGUGGACACUCCGAUCCACGACAAAAGAGCCCCAGUUGUUUACGCUGACGCCCUUACUCUUUUGUUUGAGGGAAUUGCUAGGGUACUUGAAGCACAUCAGCCAAUUGUUGAAACCUUUUAUGGUCCUGGAAAUUUGCUUGAUGUCAUUGAGAGGCUGCAGCAAGAAUGUGAUAAAGAAAGCAGGAAAAUACUAACGGAGCUAAUCCAAAGGAGAAAUUUAGAUCACAUUGUCAGACAGGUUGAUGAUGCAUCAAGAGGAGGUGCCCCUAUGCACACUGUUGCGUCCUCAGCGUCUUUAGUGUCAAUGACUGCCUCAGCUUCAGUGGGUCAAACUCACCGCAGAGCAGGCUCCACUGGAGGUUCGAUCGAAUCUGACCGAAAAGUGCCUGACCCCAGGGACCUAGAUCCGCUCCUAAACGAACUCUCAAUUGCUCACUCUAGAGCAGAACUCUACAUGAGAUUUUUGAGAAGACGUAUCACGACGGACUUCGAGAGUGGUGAUGAGGAGCAAAAAGAGGCUGGCCUGAAGCAAAUGGAGUUAGUUUUACAGAGGAGUGAUCUCUGCCGCUUAAUGCAAGAGUUGCUGGGCCACUACCUACUUCUUGAGCGGUACUACAUGUCUGAGAGUGUGCGAAAGGCGAUGACCCUGGACACCCUAGAUGGAGAAGAUAGCCAGACCUCAAGCGUACUGGAUGACGUCUUCUACAUCCUGCGCAUGAGCAUCCGCAGGUCAAGCCAGUCAGGCAGCAUGGAUGGCACCUGCGCCGUUAUCAAUGAUGCAUGCACGCUUCUGGAGAUCGACUUCUGCAGCUACCUGCAUAGGCAACUGAAGAAAGGAUACAGCUCAGGCUACCUCGACUUGACAGCGCAGGCUUACAACAUGUGGCAGUCCUCCCUGCAGCAAGGCCGCCUCAACACGUCCACGCAGUCUGAUUCUGACUCGGCAAGAGUCAUGUUCUUGGCUCAUCUUAAUAACGCUGACGCCAGUUUAGAGUUCAUAAAAGUGAUGAUAAGAGGCCUGGAAGAAGAUAUUGUGACUUCAAUUGGUGCCAAAAACCUGACCGCCAAUGAUCAGGCCAAGUUGAGCUCAUGCCUCUCAGGUUUUGGAUCGGUGACCGCUUCCCUGAGGCAUGUAGCUGAAUAUGGUUUACAGCAGUUGAUCGCCAGCGCUGUGAAACCGCGCACUGGACCAUGGGUUGAUGCUUUCAUGCAAGCAAAUCAUCAACUUACAGAGGAGGAAUUUGCUAGCUAUGAAGCAGACGAGCCUUUUGUGCAGAACUUGAUCCAUAAUUUGGAAGGCUUGCUGAGUUCCUUCAAAGCGAAACUUACAUUCGCCAACUAUGAUGCCCUGGUUGGACAUGUUGCGUCGGAAAUCACUACACAAAUGGAGAAAGUCAUAAUGAAGUCGUGCUUCAAUAGACUGGGAGGUCUGGCGCUAGACAAGGAGGUGCGAGGCCUGGCCGGCUACCUGACUGCAGCAACUACUCUGUCAAUCAGAGACAAGUUGGCUCGACUAACGCAGAUUGCUACAGUCUUGAACUUGGAAAAGCCCUCCGAAAUGUCUGAUUACUGGGGCUCCUCCGCGGGGCAUCUUUGGAGGCUUACUGCGUCGGAAGUGCGACAAAUUAUGUUGCUUAGAGUUGACUUUAAGGCAGAAGAAAUCAAGAAAUUGAAGCUGUAAAUUUGGUGAAUUGAGUUGCAUUUUUAAAGUUGUGAUAUAAUAAAGUUAUAAUUUGAUCGUUUUUUAAAAAGGAAAAUUUUUACUAUUUUUUAAAAUAAAACUAUUUAA